AUGCAGCCCGUCGCGAGCUCGGUGGCAAUGCAACUCCCCGAUGUAAUCUCGAAUGUUCGACUGCGGCUUGGAUCGAAGACAAAAUUCAAACACAACUCCAAAUACACGCAUCUUUUCAUUCUGAUUUGUGGAUUUUUGGCGGUGAUUUCGAUUCAAAACACACUCAUUUACCAGAAGUGGCGAUGGGCUGUGGGGGUGGCUGAGAAAACACACAUGUUCGUGGUGGCCGCGUUCUACUACAAUGAGUCGAAAAGGUGAGCGAACUUGAAGUCUAUGUUCGAAAAGGCAACGAUAAAAAACAGUACAAAAUUUUUUCAGUCUACCCCCAAACACGAUAGCUGUAAUUUAUUCUGCUCGGAAGAAUGCACUUGAUUUCCCGAUUACUUGUAUUUCAAGGAACGAAUUUAAUCAAGAAAAGCGAGUCCCAGCUCGGACUGACAUGGCUUUAGUGGCGCCAUUGCAAUGCCGGUGGACAACUAUGGUCGCGCUUUGUCCGGUCACCAGAAACCCCUCGUAUUUUGCGUUGGAAGGCGAUUCGGGUGUCCGCGAAGAGGUAAGGAGCUUGUCGAUAAAAAACUUUUUUUGGAUACAUUUUGAUACUUUUUAAAGUUUUCUCUUAAUUUUGUUUUUUAUAAUUUAUUGACGAAAACGUCUAUUCAAAGUAUUAUUUACAGUACUUUUACAAUAAGAAAUUUUUUUUCAGCUCCCCUUCCAACCCGCUGACAAACAAAAACGCAAUUUUAUUGUCUGUAUGUCGAGGAUGUUCAUGUUCGAAAAUUGGCAGUUAUUUAUCACUUCCAUUGAGCUUUAUCGAUAUUAUGGAGCCGACCUAAUGGUGACUUAUAUCGAAUCCGCUCUCUCCGAUAUUUACCGAAUUUUGUUGGCUUACGAACGAGAAGGAUUUGUCAAGAUUCGGAAGGCAACAAGGCUUUUUCAGCCGGUAAGGCUGAGGGAGUUGUACUAGUCGCGACAUAAAGUCCUGACACAUUUUGCACCGUGCGAAAGUUCGGGGUUUGGACGUCGCGCCCCCAAAUUCAUUUUGCACCGUGCAUUCUUCUUUCAUUUCAUCCGCACUGUGCAUCUUUUCGCAUUUGUCGCCGCGAUUUCCCCGUUUUGCACUAGCGACGUGCAAAACCCGAACUUUCGCACCGUGCAUUCUUCAUUCAUUUCGCAUUUGUCGCCGCGAUUUCCCGUUUUUGCGCUAGCGACGUGCACUUUCGCGCGCGACAAACCCGAAUUUGGGGGCGCGACGUCCAAAUCCCGAACUUUCGCACGGUGCAAAAUGUGUCAGGACUUUAUGGCGCGACUAGUAAUUAACUAGAAAAAAGGCGCGAUAUUUGAUAUCAAAAUUAUAAAAAUUAAUUCUUUGUUUAACAAAAUUAACCUUUUGGCCAAACUUGGCGCUUACAAAAGAUCGUAUUUUACCUCAACUCUUUAGAAUAAAAGUUUUCAGCCAGACCUUGAUUACGACCCCAACUCCGAAAACGAAUGGUAUAAUCAAGACUUCUCCUACAACUCUUGUCUCUACGAGUUCAAAGAAAGCGCCGAGUUUAUGAUGAUCGCUGAUUGGGAUGAUGUUCUUAUCCCCGAGACUCACAGAGACUACUACAAAGAGAUGAAAUGGCUCAGUGGAUUGUAUCCAAAUACCGCGGCUUUUAUUUUCCAACGACCUCAAUCGACUGUCCAUACUUGUAAGUACAACAAUAUUCCAAACAAGUCAUUUGUGAACGUAAAAUACGGAAACCUUUGCUUUCAGCUCAUUCUCCAAGCAAUUUUGAUAUGAUCGGCACCAUAGAUAACAUCGAAGUCGAUGAUUCGAACAUCCAAACAGGCAAAUUUGUUGGCCGGCCGGAUCAAGUUGAUGGAAUAUGGCUUCACGCCCCGUCAAGAACAAGGCCCGAAUAUGACGUCAUCAAAUUGGGAGGCCAUUUCUCGAGGGUUUAUCACUUUAGACAGUGGGGAUUUGAUGAAACGGUGAGUCUUCAAAAGCAAAGAAGGUUGAUUGGUGACAUUUUUUAUUUUUACAAAUUUUUUGAAGACUUUUUUGUCGAUUUUCUUGGUCAAUUUUGCACAACGCCCUCCUUUUCUGCAUGCACCGUGCAUUCAUUUUUGCAUUUCUCACUUUUUGGGACUGCACUGUGCAUUUUUCCCCUCAUUCCAAACUCCAAUUUCAAUCCACUUUUUCCCAAAUUCUGCUCCGAACUCAUUUCCCAAGUGCGACAAGUCGUCGCAAAGCCUCGUCGCAUCCUGAAAAAGCGCGCGACAAAGCAUCGCAGGGGCUCGUCGCUCCAUUUGUCGCGCGUUUUCUGCGACAUGAAUUGGGAUUCCGCUGGAAAAAUCAAUUGUUUGUCGCGGAAAAUCAGGGUUGUCGCUGCGAUUUUUUUGCAUCGCAGCGACUUCUUGUUUCUUCUUGGUGAGAGAGUGAGGAGUUUGUGGAGACGAGAAAAAGGCAGAGAAAAGGAAGAACAGACGGAAAAAGUUGUGAAAUUCCUUUGCACAGUGCAGUUGGAAGGAGGAAAAGAGUCAUUGCACGGUGCGAAAUGGACAAAAUUUUCGCCGUUUGAGAGAAAACGUCAAGAGAAAAGCCACGGAAAGGAUUUUUCAGAAAAUUUGUGCAAAUGAGAGCUAAAUUUUAUUAAUUUUUUCAGAACAUGACCUUGGCCAAUCGAACUUUCGUUGCAAAUGGCAAAAAACUUGAUCUCCAAUUUGUCUCUUUUCUCAAGAGAAAUAAUCUGACUCAUGUAAGACAUUAUUGUUUAAAAUACGCCCACUUGUUUGUCUUAUUUGCAAACACAAUGUCCGUUUAGGUAUUCCAAAACCUCCCAUCCAAAUUCCACUACUACAACGAGCUUGUUAAAUGCUAUCAUCGCUUCGCUUCACUCCUCGAAAAGCACAGUUUUGGCUGCCCAAGUUUGCCGAAAUGCGAGCUGAAGCCAGUCUCCAAUUUGGAGUGCACAAUAUUGAAGCAGAAUUACAAAUCAACAGCAUUAUUAAACGGGUUUUAUAUUCAUCAUAGUGACUUGAAUAUCUUGGAUGCGAACAGAGAUGGAUGCGCUUUGAAGGAUAAUCACUAUGGAUGA